AAUUUCCCCCGCGUGGCUAGGGUAUCUGUUACUCUUCAAAAUCUUCUUUUUUAGUCGAAGUCCAACCAUUGAUUACUCAAGAUGAUCAUACGCCACUUAAAACGUGAUCGGUUCUUAUCUAUCCGUGAUACAGUCUGGAGAUCAGUUACAUGCGCCAGAUGGAGGCAUAGUGGCAAAGUGAUUGCAAUCAGAAGAGAGGAUCAAUCGGUAUGGGAGCGGCGAGCCCCAUUCAACCCUGCUCUGGUCCAGAGGCUGGUGAAGCAAGGAAUUAAAGUGAUCGUUCAACCAUCUAAUCGUCGUGCGUAUCCGAUGCAGGCUUAUCUCAAUGCUGGCGCUAUUAUCCGCGAAGAUAUAAGCGAAGCAUCCGUAAUUUUUGGAGUGAAGCAGGUGCCAGUUGAUUCCCUGAUACCUGGGAAAACAUAUUGCAUGUUUUCUCACACAAUUAAAGCUCAAGAAUCGAAUAUGCCAUUGCUUGAUGCUAUAUUGGAAAAGAAUAUUCGAUUAAUUGAUUAUGAGAGAAUCAUAGAUGAGUCUGGAGCACGUCUAGUAGCUUUUGGCAAAUAUGCGGGUGUGGCUGGAAUGAUAAAUAUUCUGCAUGGAUUAGGUCUUCGCCUAUUGGCACUAGGUCACCACACGCCUUUCAUGCAUAUUGGUCCUGCUCACAACUACCGGAAUUCGUCCAUGGCACGACAAGCUAUACGUGACUGCGGUUACGAAAUUGCUUUGGGGAUGAUGCCCCGAUCUAUCGGACCGUUAACGUUUAUUUUCACAGGAUCCGGAAAUGUAUCCCAAGGUGCGCAAGAGGUAUUUCAAGAACUGCCAAUCGAAUAUGUACCACCAGAAAUGUUGCGAAAGGUUGCCGAGCAUGGAAGUUCAAACAAAUUAUAUGGUUGCGAAGUAAGCCGCUCGGACCAUUUGGAACGACGAGACGGCGGUGGAUUUGAUGCCCAAGAAUAUGACCAGCACCCAGAGCGCUAUAUUUCGACGUUCAGCAACACUAUUGCGCCAUUUGCUUCAGUAAUCAUCAACGGUAUCUACUGGGCUGUGAACAGUCCGAAGUUACUCACGAUUCCGGAUGCUAAGAGUUUACUGAGACCUGCAAAUACUCCUUGGUUACCAACGAGUAAGGGUUCGCCCGCCCUGCCGCAUAGGAUGCUUGCAAUCUGUGAUAUAUCUGCUGAUCCAGGCGGUUCCAUUGAGUUCAUGAAUGAGUGUACCACUAUUGACACACCUUUCUGUUUGUAUGACGCUGACCGAAACAAGGAUACUAAAAGCUUCAAAGGACCCGGUGUCCUUGUUUGCUCGAUAGACAAUAUGCCAACUCAACUUCCAAGAGAGGCUACAGAUCUCUUUGGGGAGUUGUUGAUGCCAUUUGCAACCGACAUUAUUGGAAGUGAUGCUAAAAAACCUUUAGAAGAACAUAAUUUCACUUACCCCAUCCACUCGGCUAUCAUUGCAAGUAAUGGAGAACUGACUGAUAACUUUAAGUAUAUUGCUGAGCUUCGUGAACUGAAUUCAUUGAAGUCUCGUCACAAGAUUGAAGGAUCAGACGAAGGCAAAAAACGUCUAUUAGUUUUAGGAGCCGGUAUGGUUUCAGCCCCUCUUGUAGAAUGGCUGCAUCGUGACAAAAAAAUUGCCAUAACGAUUUGUUCCCACUUAAAGGAGGAGUCAGAUCGGUUGGCAUACCGUUACCCUGGCGUAGACAGCAUGUAUCUGAACGUCACUGAAAAUCCAAGUCAGCUUCAAGAACUUUGUGACAAAGCAGACGUAGUUGUCUCCUUGUUACCUUAUGCUCUACAUGGCUUGGUAGCACGGCACUGUGUAGACCAAAAAACUCAUUUGGUUACUGCUAGUUACGUCACAGCUGAGGUGCAAGCCUUGCAUGAAGAAGCUGAACGGGCUGGUGUGACAUUGAUGAAUGAAGUCGGAUUGGAUCCAGGCAUCGAUCAUCUCUUAGCUUUAGAAUGCAUCAACGAGAUACAUGAGAAAGGGGGCGUAAUUGAAUCAUUCAUCAGUUAUUGUGGUGGACUACCAGCUCCAGAGCAUUCCGAUAACUCACUUCGUUACAAGUUCUCAUGGUCACCUCGUGGAGUUCUUGUGAAUACUCUCUCCGCGGCUAAAUACUUAAGCAAAGGACAAAUCGUUGAGAUAUCUGGAGGUGGAGAUUUGAUGUCAUCUUCCAUUGAUCUAGACUUUUUGCCAGGAUUCGCUCUGGAAGGUUUCCCCAAUAGAGACUCCACAAACUAUUUAAAUUUAUAUGGACUCGGAAAAGAUAUUCACACUCUUGUUCGGGGAACAAUCCGCUAUAAGGGAUUUUCGGAAUGUAUUAAAGGAAUGCAACUUUUGGGCCUUAUCGACACCGAGCCACAUUCAAUGCUUCAUCCAAAUGGACCAGAUGUAACAUGGCGUCAGUUGAUCGUUAAUAUGCUAGGACUAAGCGACAGUGAUAUUUUCUAUGAAAACUUGCGCAAUAAAUUAGCUGAGCGUAUCGGAAAUUCAGAUGGAAUCGAAAGUUUAGGAUUGUUGGAAGAUGUACCUGUUGUGAAGUUAGGGACACCAUUGGACACGUUAUGUCAUUACCUGUCGAAGCGAUUGGCUUUUGAACCCCAUGAACGUGAUUUGGUUGUCAUUCGACAUGAACUCAUCAUUCGUUGGCAAGAUGGCCGCCGCGAAGAGCGUGGUAUUAAUUUUGUAGCGUAUGGAGAACCGCAUGGACACUCAGCAAUGGCAGUCACAGUGGGAACUCCCGCCGCUAUCGCAGCAAAGAUGAUUUUGGAUGGUGAAAUUCAACAAAGAGGAGUAGUGCUCCCAUUCUCACCAGAUAUCUACAGGACUAUGCUUUCACGGCUACGAGCUGAAGGACUAUCCGCGACUGAAAAGUCAAGAUGGUUAUAAGUUAUUAUAUUUAUUUUCUCUUA